GCGGCGGGCGGGCGGCACCGCGGGCACGGCUCCGGGCAGGGCACGGCUCCGCUCCGCGCCCAUGGAGCCCGGCGUCCUGAGCCUGCGGGAGCUGGCGGCCGCCCGGCCGGGGCGGAGGGGCCGCGCGGAGCCCGAGGAGGCGCAGAAGGAAAACAUAUUUGAUCGAUCCAGGAUGGCCCCAAAGACUCCCAUUAAGAAUGAACCAGUUGAUUUAUCAAAGCAGAAAGGCUGCACCCCGGAAAGAAAUCCAAUUACACCUGUUAAGCUCAUUGACAGACCUCAGCCUGACCCCUGGACCCCCACUGCUAACCUGAAGAUGCUUGUUAGUGCUGCUAGCCCCGACAUGAGGGACAGGGAAAAGAAGAAAGAGCUCUUCAGACCUAUAGAAAACAGCGAGCAGAACGACAUAUCUGAUUCAUUACAGUAUGAUAUGGUAGACGACAGCACGGUUGAUGAAUUUGAAAAGCAGAGGCCCAGCAGAAAACAGAAAAGCUUAGGACUCUUGUGCCAAAAGUUUCUAGCUCGCUAUCCAAGUUAUCCAUUGUCAACAGAAAAAACUACUAUUUCUCUGGAUGAAGUGGCUUCAAUUCUUGGAGUUGAGCGGAGACGAAUUUAUGACAUAGUGAACGUCCUGGAGUCCUUGCACCUGGUCAGCCGCGUGGCCAAGAACCAGUACUGCUGGCACGGCCGGCACAACCUUAGUCAAACUCUGAAAAUGCUUCAGGAGGCAGGAGAGCUGCAGUAUGGAGAGCUAAUGACCUUCCAGCACAAGGAACAGGACUUCGAGUAUAAGCUUGGAGAGCGGAAAAAGGAAACUGUUCCAGAUUCUCAAGACAGACCGUUACUUGACUUUUCAGAACCAGAUUGCACCUCCGCAUCUGCGAACAGCAGAAAGGACAAGUCAUUGCGGAUAAUGAGCCAAAAGUUUGUCAUGCUGUUCCUUGUCUCCAAGACCAAGAUAGUCACUCUGGACAUUGCAGCAAAGAUAUUGAUUGAAGAAACCCAGGAUACAGUGGACCACAGCAAAUUCAAAACAAAGGUACGAAGGCUGUAUGAUAUCGCCAAUGUUCUUACCAGCCUGUGCUUGAUAAAGAAAGUUCACGUCACAGAGGAACGGGGACGCAAGCCAGCUUUCAAGUGGAUUGGGCCUGUGGAAUUCCCCGGAAAGAUUGAUGAGCCAAGAGGGCAUAACCCAACAUCUGAUCCUCUACCAGGGGAGCAGAGAGGCGCCUGUGCCCCAUACCCGAUCUGUGCUACUGGGAAGCAAAGGUUUACACGUCACGCAUCGUUUAACGGCACGCAGCCUUGUGAAGGGACCAAAAGGAAGGUCAGUUCUGAGCCCAGCAGUCCACGUCAGGAGAGGCAAGCCUAUAUUGUGAACUCAGAUGAAUAUUGCUCAAAAAUGAGAAAUCUAGCAACCGUCUGUAGGCAGAAAAUAGAGGAAGAUACUAGGACCAAAGUUUGUGCCACAGAAACAAUACUAAAUUCAGCAAGGAACCCAAGUAUAACCUCACCUCUCUCCCUUCUUACGGUUCCUGGGGACUCUGAUUUUUGUGUUAACCCUUUGCCUCAGGCAGUUUUCCCUGUGGUUCAGGCAGACGUGCCAAGUGUCUUGCUGCCAAAUGGGGUCAGCAACCAAGCUCUACAACCCUCCGCUCCAGCAGCCUCCACAACAGAAAAUGGAAAACCUACUCUGCUCCCCAGCCAGCCCUUCUUGUGUUUUCCCUCAUCAUCCCUUUUUAUGUUGUGCGGUGGUCUUCAGGAAAAUCUCUUGAGGGAGAACUUGCCUGCAGCAGGAGACGUAGGAAACAGGAGCGCAGAGGAGAAGGCCUCACCUGUGGAAGCUCAGGGUGCCGGCCCUCUAGCUGGCUGUCAGAAACGCAGCUCCCACGAGUGCACGUCGCCCUCUGCACCUAUAGAUGAUGAAGAGCCAGCUGCUAAAAAGCAGACUGUGGAACAGAGUGAUGGCCCUCUCUCACUUGUAGUACCCAAGAAGCCUUCUGAGUUGCACAAGGCAGAUUCUACCCCAGGGAGCAGCUGUGCAUCUGCUGUACAUCUAGAAGCUUUUCAUCUUGACCUCUCAAGUCCUGCUGCUCCAGAGACUAAAGACAAAAAGUCUACGAGCCCUUUAGAUUCUCAGGAGCAAGAAAAAUGGCCUAAGAAUAAAGACCCCGACGAACCUUCUCCAGGAAAAGAGCACCCCUCUAAAGAAAAUGCCAAUCAACCUUUUCUGCCACAGUAUCUUUAUGUUCAGCCUACUGCUGGACUAAGCAAUUUUAAUUUCCUGUUCUCUGCAAACCAAGCUCCCGGUGCCAUUGGGCUGGCUGCAAGCCAGUUACCUUCUCUCAGCAUCCCCUGUGUCAUGGUGCCAUCAGCAGCCUUGGCUUCCUUCCCUCUCGUCUGUUCUCCUGCGAUCCCCAGCCCUCUUUCUCCAGUUCCUGAUGGCUCUUUCUCCGCUGCUGCCUCCAUGAAUAUCAGCAUGUCUGGCCUGACAUCGACAGCACCUGUUUUCAUCGGCACCACGGCAAUGGUUACUCCAAAUGCCCCCCCCUCGGUGGAUCCCCAGCAAACAGCUCACCCCGCUGUGCACCUGAGUCCUGUGCUUGCCAGGUCCUGCAGUACUGUUAAACUGGACUCCCCUGUGUGCAUGGGGCAUCCGGUGACCCUCCUGAAGCUGCAGCAGCCUUCAUCAACUCCUGUCACUCCCAAGAGUAUUCGUCCUGCACGUCAUGAGACAUUUUUCAAAACUCCUGGAAGUCUUGGAGAUCCUGGUGCAUGGAAAAAAGGUGAAGGCAGCCAGACCAGAAAUGCCAGCUCUGUGCAGAGGCGACUAGAAAUCUCUAGUAGCAGCAAUGACUAACCCCACAGGUUGCAAAGGGUGGGCAGAUUGUCCUAGGACACUGUGUCCAUUACAAGAGAACAAGCUUUUAUUUGACAAGAGGAGCACGUUAAAAUGUCACCCCUUUUGGCAUGCUUCCCCAUCAUCUUUUCACCCACCAGUUCUGUUAACCUUCUUCACAAAUCAUCCUUGGUAGCAAAAACCUUUUACUUAAUUGUUCUUCAGUACUGAUUUGAAUUCAGAUGCAGUGCUUCACACAGCCUUGUGGGCAUCAAAUUGUAUUUGUGGUUUUAAUUUGGAAAACUCUCUCUGUUGCUGUGAGGAGAUGCAAACAGAUUUCCUUGGAGUCCCCAUGGGUUCUUUGUUCAUGGUUUUAAGUGAGACGUCUAGCACUUAUCUGGGGUAAGCGUGAUUUUUUUUUACAUAUACUCUACUUACCCUGAGUAAAUCUGCGGUGAAAUUGAUAAACUUCUACAGUUGCAAGAGCAACUGCGUCCUUAGUUCCAAUCUGUCAAACCCUGCCUCUGCAGUACAGCCUCUUGCUAUUUAUUUUGUACGUUAGAGUGGGAGCUUCAGAAUAACAGAUUUUCUCAGGGUAGGAUUACUUGAAUGUCAGUUGAUUGUUGUACAAUUUGCCCAGCACUUGUGGUUAGGAAAACCUAAUAAUAACACAAUAUGAUUGAAUGUAUACGUGAAAAAUGUUAAGACCAAAAUAACUGUGAAUGUUAACAUUUUUAUAGUUAUGUUAACGAACUGCGUUGUUCCUUGGGUUUCUUUCUCCUAAUCUGAGCAAAAAGUACAAGGUAGAUAUAAAGAAUACAGAACCUGAUUCCUUAAAUCAGUUGGACAAAUUAAUUUGAGAAUGUCAAGCCACUGGGAGGGCAGUGCUAAGAUUUCAUCUACCAUUAAAAAUAUGUUCUAGUCUUUAUGACUCAGAAACACUUGUAAGUCAUUAACCACAUGAUGAGGUUCAGUUUAACCUGAGUCUACUUAAGUCUCCUUAAGUGCCUACUUAAGUCGAUUUUAAGUAAACCCUUAAGGGGUAUAGACUGAAGUGCCUAGCUGUUCUUUUAUGGGAAUUUUGUCACUAGCUAAUAGUGCAUUUGAGUGUACUUGGAAGACAAGGGAGAUCUUACAUUUUUGGCACAUACCUAUCUAAACCAUAAAAAGAAGCUGAAAAAGAAUGGGAGCCAUAAAUUUUGGAACUGGGAGAAAAUUAUCCGUCCUCCUUAUGAGAAGAUAAGGAGGAAGAAAAGGGCAUGUAUAACACUUAACAUUCAGGGUCCUCACAUAAUGGAUGGUGCUAUUAAUAAUAUAGGACAUAAGAGUUAAUGCUCUUAUGCUUUGGUAUGUUUUCACUGGUGUAGCAGUAUGCCGUUAAAUUUGUGCAGUUUCCUCUUUGGAAGACAGAAAGUGUUGUUGUUGACAUCAUGUUACUCCAGAUUUUCAGCAAACACAGGGCCAACAUUGUCAGCUCUUCUGUCAUGAGCACCAACUUUGUAUUGAAUGGUACUGGUUUUCCAAGGGUAAAUACACUGUGGUGUGCUACUUGGUUGGUCAAGGGAGGCUAGGACUGGCUUUGGGGGCUGGGGAGUUGGUAAGGAUUUUUAUUUUUAUAAUGAAAUGUUAUUAAAAUGGAAUUUAAGAACGAAUUUUAGUGAAACUGGGAGCUGAAUAAUGUGGCCUUAUCUUAGAACAGACCAAUAACAGCCUUAUAAGGAGAGCUGGUUAGCCCUCAUUGAAAGAAAGUCUCUAUAGCAGAAUUAUCAUAGGAAAUUUCAGGGGUGGUAAGGAGAAAUCUUCAGACUGCUAAAUUUUAUUUUUUAUUUUUUUAAUUACACUACAGUUGUGAAAGUUUACAAUUUUUGCUUCUGAAUUAUUUCUUCCUAUACCCCCACUUAAAUUAAUUUCAUUUUGAAAAAGGAACGUGUAACUGGCACAGUGGUGCCACUGCAUUUCUGCUAACAUACAUUUGUUGCAAUUCUGGCUGGAAACGGGUUGCUGGGGUUCUGGGUGACGUGAUGGAUAUAGAUUCUCCAAACCUUGUUUUUUCUCUUCACCUCCAGUAUGGUGCAACUUUUUAAUGAAAUGGCAGCUGGGAGCUGAGAGGAGGAUUUGUCUUAAGUAUUCACUCUCUGCUCCAGUUGAAGCAUCAUCACAAAAAUUGCCUCCUUGUGUCAGUUAUGUUACUCUGAGUCAUAACUAACCUAACUAUACUUGAAAAUGCAGGAGCUGAAAGUGUAUCUUCGGUUUCCAAUUUCUGCUUCCACUUUUGAGUUUCUGUAAAUACAGCAGGCCUGGAAUUGAGGAUUGACUCCCUCACAAUCAAAGCUGUUUGAUGGGUUGCUGUUGUGAAAGCAGAUUUGGGUUUGGGAGAAGAAGGGGAGUUUACAUGCUGUUCUGUUUUUGUCAAUGCAAAAUUCUCACUGGAGUAGGUGGAAGGGAGUGAUGGAGCAGCAGGACUGAAGCGUUUGGGUGAUGUUGGGAGCAGUGCUACUAGCAGCACCUGAGCUGCUGUACUAGACUUGGCAAGGCAGAAGGGUGGGUUGUCAAGAGGGAAUGAGUUUACAUUUCCCAUCUUUACCUUCACUGAAAGCUGAAAACAUAAAUUAAAUUAGUAACAAUUCACCAGCAAAGUAGCUUUGGAAAAGCAGAAUUUUUAUUUGCACUGACAAGAAGUGCAUGCCCAUGAUGUUCUGCAGGGUUUAUAAAACCUUUUGGUUUCAAGACAGUUGUUAAGGAGGGUGAGCGUGUAACUUAUACUUGAAUCUACCUGCCACGUUUACAUUUCUGAUUAUCUUUUGUAAAUUGGUGCUAUUUCUGUAUUUAAAAAGCUGUAUUUUUAAUGUAAAGCUGCUUCCAGUUUGUAUCUUUGCACUGCUAGUUUAAUAUAGAUAUUAAUUUUAUUGCUGCUUGUAACUGUCCUGCUUUUCCUGCUUUCUUGCGAUCUUUCUAGCUGUUUGCAUAUAGUUUUACUCCAAUCACACUGAGUUGAAUUUUUUAAUACUAUCUUUUAGCAAAAUAUUAAACUUUUACAGAAUAAAAUGGAACUAAAAACAAGGCUGAG